GGGAGUUCAUUCUGGAAUAAGUGAAGUUUGACGAGCCUACCAUCACAGGAGAGGAUACUAGUUAUUCUCAGUCAUUCUCAGUCUUGCUCGAGACGCCGUGGUAGAAGGUUGUGUAGCGCGUCAACAGUGUAUCGCGCAUAUUCCGACAGAUUAAUUCCUCAAGUAGCCGUAGCUUUUUGAUACGGCGCUGUUUUCUGUCCUUGCUGCUUGUGUUUUAUGACUACAUUGCUGAACACAAUUCCAGUGCCUUCUACAAUAAUUUCAUCACAAUGAAGCCGAAGUUGAAACUGUUUUUGUGAACCUGAGUGUAUCGCCUAAUUAAUAUAGGAGGUUCGUGAAGUAAUGGAUGUGCUCACUGCACAAAGACUCAUAUCGAAACGGACUGUACCAACAGUACAGUUUAUUCAACGUUCACUGUAUCCAUAUAUGUUGCGUAGCAUGCUACAAAAAUUGCUCUGUGAUCAAGAAACUACUAUGGCUGGAAUAAGUAGACGAACUUAUCUCAGGGAUGUGAAUCCUUAUCUGAUGUGUCCUCUUUGUCGAGGAUACCUUAUUGAUGCCACUACAGUAGUAGAGUGUUUACAUUCUUUCUGUAGGAGUUGUAUUCUGAAGCACCUUAGAUCAGAAGCUCACUGCCCUUCCUGCAGACAUGUGCUUAACAAAGCUAAGCCUAAUAUGAAAGCAGAUAAAGCACUGCAGGACAUUGUGUAUAAGUUGGUGCCAGGAUUAUAUCAUCGAGAAAUGCGACGUCGGCGUGACUUUUACAAGAAGCAUCCUGAGCAUG